AUGUCAAAUCUCAACAAGCUUGACUUUGUCGCUUUGGAAGUUUCCGGAAGGAACUAUCUCAAGUGGACCCAAGAUGUCAAGCUUCAUCUGACUGCAAAUAAGAUGAGAUCAACGAUUAUUGCUGACAAUAUCACCCCUGAAGACAUGAAGGCAAGGGCUAUGAUUUUCAUCAGGAAACAUAUGGAAGAAGCACUCAAGGUGGAAUAUUUAGCUGAAGAGGACCCACGAUCUCUUUGGGUCGCUCUAGAAGAGCGAUUCAACCAUCAAAGAGCCAUCUACUUGGCGGAAGCAAGACACGAUUGGCAGAACAUACGCUUCCAGGAUUUCAAGACUGUCAAUGAGUAUAACUCUGAAAUCUGCCGGAUUCGGUCACUCCUAAAAUUCUGUGGAGAAGAGCUCACAGAAGCUGACCUACUGGAGAAAACUUUCUCCACCUUCCCUCCUUCCUGUAUGGUCCUGCAGCAACAAUACAGGGAAAGAAACUUUGCUAGAUUCUCUGAAUUAAUCACCAUCCUGUUGCUCGCUGAAAAGAGAACAACAACCUACUUUUGA